AAAGAAGAAAGUACUUCAAGAAGGCAGUAGUAGUCCAAUGCAUUGGGCUCGUGUUAAAAGUUCAAGUUAUCUGACGAUAUCUCAGCUGUUUCAGUUCCGGGAAUGACAGAUACCUCAGUCUUGGACCAAUGGAAAGCAAGUUUCUUUGUGGAGGAUUUCCUUGAGAAAAAAACAAUUACAAGAAUGGUGACCCAGAUUAAUUGUGAAUUUGAGGAAGUUGUUCCAAGUUCAAAUCCAGACUCCCAAAUUGAAGUAGAGGAGGUCAGUUUAUACACCCACAUGGACUACAAUGAAGUCUUUACCCCUGUCAGUUGUUUAGAAAAAUAUUCAGCACUUCAAAAACAGAACCAAGGUAAAACAUUUAUUUUAUAUUGUUUAUGGUAUGAGAAUGCCCUGUUUAUGCCAGCAUUAUCAUCAUUGAAUAUAUUACUGCUGAUGUUGUGGAGUAGACUAAAACUAUUUUUGGUAAAGGAUCCUCUUUUAGAUUUCAAAGGACAGAUCUUCACAGAAGUUAAUUUUUCCAGGGAAUGUUUCUCUCUUCAAGAAACUUUGGAAGCUUUUGUGAAAGAAGAUUUUUGUAUGGAUAAAGUGAACUUUUGUCAGGAGAAACUGGAAGAUACAAUACGUUUAAAUGAGCCAUCAAGUUUUCUUAUUGAGUAUGAAUUCUUAAUACCGCCAAGCCUCAAACCAGAAAUUGAUAUUCCAUCACUCUCAGAACUGAAGGAGUUAUUAAACCUAGUGCCAGAAAUAAUAAACUAUGUAGAUGAAAGUGAAAAGCUUUUCGAAAGAGAUAUUCCAGGAGAGUUAGAAAUGCCACUAACUCCUCUAUUCCUAACAUGCCAACAUACUUCAGUGAAUUCAUUAUGCACAGAACUUCAGACAUUUCCAUUAUCUCCAGUUUGUAAAAUUCAUUUGCUUUCUGCUGAAGAAUCAGCUAAUAAAUACUACAUGAUGUGGCAAUUAGAAAGAUGUAGAAGCCCUUUGAACCCAUUUUUGCUUACAGUGCCAAGAAUUCAAGAGCCCCACAGCCAAUAUUCAGUUACAGAUUUGAAAAAGAUACUUUCUAUUAAAGAAGAAAGCCUUGUGAUUAAUCUGGAAAAGGCAGAGUGGUGGAAACAAGCAGGACUAAAUCUGAAAAUGGUGGAAACGUUGGAACAUCUGAAUACAUAUUUAUGUCAUAAUAAUUUGUUUUCUAAUGACACUGAAAUUGAGGUAUUUUUGCCUACAAAAGUGCUUCAAUUAGAAUCAUGUUUAGAACAUAAAAGUCAUUCUUCACCUAUUGCACUUAUUGAUGAAAAAUCUACAAAUGAUCAUUUAUCACUUCCACAAAAGAGUCCAUCUCUGGCAAAAGAAGUACCAGAUCUAUGUUUUUCUGAUGAAUAUUUCUCUGACAAAAGAGCAGCAAAAGAAGAAAAACCAAAGAAUGACCAAGAACCAGUAAAUAGAAUAAUCCAAAAGAAAGAAAAUGAAGAUCACUUUGAACUUGACUGCACAGGACCAUCUGUUAAAUCAUCUUCCUCUUCAAUAGUUAAAAAAGCAUCUUUUGAACAUGGUAAAAAACAAGAGAAUGAUUUGGACCUUUUGAGUGACUUUAUUAUGCUGCGAAAUAAAUAUAAGACUUGCACCUCAAAGACUGAAGUCACAAACAGUGAUGGAAAACAUGAUAAAGAAGCAUGUUCUUUGACACUUCAAGAAGAAAGUCCUAUUGUUCAUGUUAAUAAAACCCCGGAGGAAAUAAAUCAGGAAAGGGGAACAGAUAAUGUCAUUGAAAUUCAAGCGUCAGAUAGCCAGUGCCAAGCAUUUUGCCUCCUUGAAGCAGCAGCUUCUCCUAUCUUAAAAAAUCUUGUAUCCUCCUGUACUCUCCCUACUGCUAAUUGGAAAUUUGCCACUGUUAUUUUUGACCAAACAAGGUUUCUCUUAAAGGAACAAGAAAAAGUAGUAAGUGAUGCUGUUCACCAAGGUACAACUGAUGAAAGAGAAAUGACUUUCAAGCAUGCCGCUCUCUUACAUCUUCUGGUAACAAUUAGAGAUGUCCUUUUAACAUGCAGCUUGGACACAGCAUUGGGAUAUUUAUCAAAGGCAAAAGAUAUCUACAACAGCAUUUUAGGCCCCCAUUUGGGUGACAUUUGGAGACAGCUGGAAAUUGUACAGUUUAUUAGGGGGAAAAAGCCUGAAACCAACUACAAGAUACAAGAAUUGCAAUGUCAGAUACUAAAUUGGAUGCAAAGUCAACAGCAAAUUAAGGUACUGAUUAUAAUAAGAAUGGACUCAGAUGGUGAAAAACAUUUACUCAUUCAAAUUCUUAACAAAAUAGAAGGUUUAACACUGACUGUCCUUCAUUCAAAAGAAAGAAAAGAUUUUCUGGAAUCUGAAGGUGUUUUAAAGGGUACAAGUUCCUGUGUAGUUGUACAUAAUCAAUAUAUUGGAGCAGAUUUCCCCUGGAGUAAUUUCACAUUUGUGGUGGAAUACAAUUAUGUGGAAGACUCUUGUUGGACUAAACACUGCAAAGAUUUGAAUAUUCCUUACAUGGCCUUUAAAGUGAUUCUUCCAGACACAGUUUUUAAAAGAAGCACCUUGUUGGAUACAUUUGGAGGUUUUCUUUUGGAAAUUCAGAUUCCAUAUGUGUUUUUUGCAUCUGAAGGACUUCUUAAUACUCCAGACAUACUUCAGCUGCUAGAAUCCAACUAUAACAUCUCACUAGUAGAGAGAGAAUGCAGUGAGUCAUUGAAACUCUUCGGAAGUUCAGAGCGUUAUGUAGUGGUAACAGUUGAUGAACACACUGCCAUAAUUUUGCAGGAUCUAGAAGAAUUGAAUUGUGAGAAGGCAUCAGACAAUAUCAUUAUGAGGCUGAUGGCAUUAUCAUUACAGUACAGAUAUUGUUGGAUAAUUUUAUAUACCAAAGAAACAUUAAAUUCAGAGUAUCCACUUACAGAAAAGACACUUCAUCACCUAGCACUGAUUUAUGCAGCUUUGGUUUCAUUUGGGCUAAACUCUGAAGAACUGGAUGUAAAGCUUGUAAUUGCCCCAGGAGUAGAAGCAACUGCCUUGAUAAUUCGACAAAUUGCUGACCACAAUUUAAUGACCUCAAAGAGAGAUCCUCAUGAAUGGUUGGAUAAAUCCUGGCUUGAAGUUUCACCAUCUGAGGAAGAAAUGUACUUACUUGAUUUUCCAUGUGUUAACCCAUUGGUGGCUCAGCUCAUGCUAAAUAAAGGACCUUCACUGCAUUGGAUAUUAUUAGCAACUCUGUGUGAACUUCAGGAACUCCUACCUGAAGUCCCAGAAAAAGUGUUAAAGCAUUUUUGUAGCAUCACUUCCCUAUUCAAGAUUAGUUCUUCUUCUGUAACAAAAUCACCGCAAAUUUCAUCACCUCAGGACAACAGGAAUCGGAUUAGUACCUUGUCUUCUCGGAGUUCAGCUUCUGAUUUAGACUCUGUCAUUCAAGAACAUAAUGAAUAUUGUCAGUAUUUAGGAUUAGGAGAGACAGUGCAGGAAGACAAAACCACCACUUUUAAUGACAAUUCUUCCAUUAUGGAACUAAAAGAAAUCGCAGGUUUUUUACCACCUGUGACUUCAUAUAAUCAGACCAGUUACUGGAAAGACUCUAGUUGUAAACCUAAUAUAGUGCAGAAUACUCCUUUUCUAAUUAAUAUAGAAUCAAGGAGACCGGCUUAUAACUCCUUUCUAAACCACAGUGAUUCAGAGUCAGAUGUCUUUUCUUUGGGUCUAACACAAAUAAACUGUGAAACUAUAAAAUCACCAAGUGACGCUCAGAAGAGAGUGUCAAUUGUCCCCCGUUUUAUAAAUUCUCAGAAAAGGAGAACACAUGAAGCAAAAGGUUUCAUAAAUAAAGAAGUAUCUGACCCUAUCUUUUCACUAGAGGGCUCUCAUUCCCCUCUUCAUUGGAACUUAAAGAAAACUAUAUGGGAACAAGAGAAUCACCCGUUCAACUUACAAUAUGGUGCAGAGCAGACUACAUGUAACAAAUUGUACUCUCAGAAAGGUAAUUUAUUCACUGAUCAGCAAAAAUGUCUAUCAGAUGAGUUUGAAGGCCUCACAUGUGAAAGUUCAAAUGAUGAGACUUUCUGGAGAGAAUUACCAUCUGUCCCCAGUUUGGAUUUAUUUUGUGCUUCUGAUUCUAAUGCAAAUCAAAAAGAAUUCAACAGUCUUUACUUCUACCAAAGAGCUGGAAAAAGUUUAGGACAGAAAAGGCAUCCUGAAUCUUCAUUUAACUCAGGAGACAAGGAAUCAUUAACAGGUUUUAUGUACUCACAAGUACCACAAUUCAAAAAACGACGUCUAGCCUAUGAAAAAGUCCCGGGUAGAGUUGAUGGGCAGACUCGGCUGAGGUUUUUUUGAAGGAGGAGGAGAGCAAUGUUACAUGCAAUAUUGUACUGUUUUUGAUGCUAAUCCACUAGCAAAAUUAUUUAGAUUUGCUUAUACACUAAAGAAAAUGCGAUUGUUCAUACAUGUCUCAGUGUUUCUGUAUUAAAUAUUCAUAAUAUGUA